AUGGCUCGUCUCCAAUUCGCUCCGCCGUCAUCCUCCAAAUCGAGGUUACUGUGCUUAGAGCCGAAAGAGGACCCAGCUUCUAGAUCAACCCCUUCAUCGAAGCGCAAAAAGGAAUUUGUUCUGGAGGAGCCCAACCUCAACAAACUUCGAUCGGAAAAGACUCCCAAGACGUCCGCCUCCACAAGCUCUACUUUUGCGAAAGUUGAUGUAUGGCAAUCCCCUUCCUUGAAAGGAAAGCAUGUCUUUUCUCCAGACCCCUUGCCUGACGACGUAGGGUCAAUUGACCUUACAAAUGACCUGGACCGUCAGACCUCAUCAUCUGCGACCAUUUCAACUUUCGGCGAACCUCAGCGUUUAUGGACCGAAGACUACGCAUCACGCAAAGAGCCAGUAUCUACUAAGAAGGGGAGGAAAAGAAAAAGUGAUGAAUAUGAACUUGAUUUGCAUCCCAAACAGACAACCCCCCGUCGCAGACCGCCAAGCUCAUCAGCCCAGAAGAACAGCGCAAAAAUCUUGAACUCGUGGUCCCAGAACACACCACCACAGGUUUCUCCUUUUAAAUCGCGCUUGAUAACGAUAAGUGAUUCGGAGGAUGAUGGCGGGGAUACUGCUUGGGAUGCUGAGCGCGAAGAUCCAUCUCGAGCGUCUUGUAAAAGCGCUCGGUUAGAUCCAAGCUUAAUGCGUAAAACAGAAAAGCUUUUAACUUCAGACCCACCAAUUAGUUCCGACAGUUCGAAGCAACCCGGUGACUUGCGGCAGGCUCUACCAAAUCCAAGUUCCGUGUUUCCCAUGGAUGGUAACUCUCCCACAAUUGAAGAUGAUGAAAAUCCUCUCUUUUCUCGAUUUCUAACCGCGGACCCGACUUUGAUGACUACUAUCUUCGAGCAACUUACCUCCCAGCGUGAAAACAAAGCAAAAGCUGUUCUACAACAUGUGAUGACUGGUUCGAGUCCCCCCGCGGAAGAGCUAGCAGCGAUUAAGGCUCUGGUGUCGAGAAUCAAAGCUAUUGAAAGCCUCCGUGACCAACGAAGCUUGUACCUUACUUCAAAAGAUCGGCUAGAGGAUCUCAAAGCUCAAGUGUUACAGCAUAUUCAGUCCGGAGAUUUCCCCGGGUCUUCACCCGACAUUGCUGAAAUCAAAAGUCUUCGAAUGAAACUGCUAGCGGCAAAAGAAAAGAUUAUUGAUUUGAUUCUGGAGGCUCGAAUUUUCGAUACAGAUUAUAAACUAUCCUCGAAUAUGCAAACACCCAACCAAAAUGCUUUAGUUUCAGGAACAAAGCUUUUGGAGAGGCGCACGGAGCCGCCCAGGGUACAAAAUACGUCUCAGGCUUUCGCUGGAACCCCAACUUACACUCACUCCCUUCCCUUACCAAUCCCUAACUCAGCCUACCCGCAAAGGACCUGUUCGUAUCGAAGCGAACCGGGCCCCCAGACUUUCCUCACAACAUCUGCUGCAGGCACAAUAUCUAGAAACAGCUUUAGGCAAAAUAGUCUAGGCCCUUCCCAAGCUAAAAGUGUUCUCCAGGAUGAGAUCGAUUUCGACGAGGACGACACAUUUGACGAUGCCGAUAUCUUUUCGCGAACUAUGGGCACACCUUUAGGACAGGGAUCUGACAUUGAAUUUGACCUUGAUGCUGAUGAUGAUGAUUUGCUUGAGGCAGCUGAAGGGUUUGAAAGUAGACUAUAUCGCCCUGCCGAGCUCCAUGCCCAGACUCGUAGGGUAUUACAAGAGACCAGUGGUAACUUAGCUCGUUCGCCCCCUCGGAAAAAAAUUCAUAGCUUCGAUAUGCCAACCGCGAUCGAAGGCAUGAAUCAUCCGUGGUCGGCGGAUGUGAAAGCUGCGUUGAGAGAUGUCUUCAAACUUCGUGGCUUUCGCCCGAACCAGCUUGAAGCCAUCAAUGCAACACUGAAUGGAAAAGAUGCUUUUGUCUUAAUGCCGACUGGGGGUGGAAAAUCUCUCUGCUACCAACUACCAUCUGUUGUACAAUCCGGCCGCACCCGGGGCGUCACUGUGGUCAUCUCGCCGCUUCUGAGUUUGAUGGAUGAUCAAGUUGAGCAGUUACGGUCACUAAGCAUAAAGGCUCAUUUCAUCAAUGGUUCACUGAGCGCCGCAGACCGUUGUGAAAUAUUGGCCUAUCUUCAUAAACCCCGUGUGGAGGACUAUCUCCAGAUCCUAUAUGUAACCCCAGAAAUGGUUAACAAAAGCAGAGUGAUGCUAGGUGCACUCCGACAAUUACACAGGGCCAAGAAGUUUGCCCGGCUUGUUAUAGAUGAAGCGCAUUGUGUUAGCCAGUGGGGCCACGAUUUUCGACCAGAUUACAAGGAAUUAGGAGAAUUUCGACGUGAGUUCCGCGGAGUACCUCUGAUGGCUCUUACAGCAACGGCCACGAAGAAUGUUGAAGUCGACGUUAUCCAUAACCUCGGUAUGCAGGGUUGUGAGACUUUUACGCAAUCAUUCAACCGCCCAAACCUGACGUACGAAGUGCGUACUAAAGUGAAUUAUGAUGAAACACUCGAAAGCAUCUCGAGGAUUAUUGACUUCCACUAUGGGAAAACAGGGAUAAUAUACUGCUUGUCAAGGAAGAAUUGUGAAAGGCUGGCGACUGAUCUUCGCGUGAAGCAUCAAAUCAGAGCAACACAUUACCAUGCGGGCAUGGACGCCGAUCAGCGUAUAGACGUUCAACGGAAAUGGCAAAGCGGAGAACAUCAGGUCAUUGUCGCGACGAUUGCUUUUGGUAUGGGGAUCGAUAAACCGGAUGUCCGUUUUGUUAUUCAUCACUCCAUUCCAAAGAGCUUAGAGGGCUACUACCAGGAAACAGGCAGAGCUGGGCGCGAUGGCAAGCGAUCCGAAUGCUUUCUUUUCUAUGGAUAUAGAGACGCGAUUGCGAUUCGAAAAAUCAUCGACGACGAUAAAAGCGGCAAAAAAGAUGGGCAACAGAAAGAACGACAACAUCAAAUGCUGCAGCAUGUGAUUCAAUUUUGUCAAAACAAAAGUGAUUGCCGAAGAGUGCAAAUCCUGGCGUAUUUCAGCGAGGAUUUCAAACGAGAAAACUGCAGGCUCAGCUGCGAUAAUUGUCAGUCUGGAUCUAAGCACGAAAUCGUUGAUUUCACCCAAUAUGCUAUUUCCGCUCUGAAGCUUGUGAGCCGAUUGCAACAUGACAGAGUCACAGCACUUUAUUGUAUUGAUGUUUUUAGAGGGGCCAAUCCCAAGCGAUUCCGUCGAGAUGAACAUACCCUUGUCCCAGAAUAUGGUAUGGGUGCCGAUUUAGAUCGCAAUGACCUGGAACGAAUGUUUAAGAAGCUCCUUACUGAGGGAGCUUUGGUUGAAAGAAACAUCCCCAACCACAAAAGCAUGGCUGAGCAAUUUGUCGAACUAGGCCCUAGGGCCGCGCAAUUCCGUUCUGGGCACCACAAAUGUACUCUUGCCGUCAAAGUAUCACCAGGAUCCAAGAAAGCGUCGUCAAAACCCUCCAAGCAGGCGCGAAAGAGAGAUACAAGUUCUGCAAAUACUGGCGUCCAAGCUGCGAAGGAUGAAUUCCCACAAUCUACUAAUGUUUCAUCUCCUAUACCGACUCUACCUAGGCGUGGCGCUGGUAAGCAGCAAGCAGAUGCCUACAAAGAUGCAUUCGAAGACGAAGAUGGUACUGAUAGUGAUGGAUUCGAACCCAUUCGUGGGGUUGGAAACCGCCGUCCCCAACGUCGCGGCGUUGGCCCUCGAAUCACGGAGGAUGGAAGCCGCCAUGGUUUAACUCAGCUUCAAACUAUGAUCCUGGACGAGUUUUUAUUAGUAGCAAAGAAGGAGUGUCAAGCAGUAAGUCUCGGCCAUGGACAACUACUAAGAGCGAAUUCACUGAAGCCGUUCCAGAUUAUGUUGAAGAAGAAUCUACGAGAUCAACCUUUUCCAGAUCGAGUUUUGCGGGAAAUGGGAGUGCUCUUUCCCAAAAGUAGUGGCGAGUUGCUUCAGAUCCGUGACAUAGAUCCAGACAAAGUGGAAUUAUACGGCGACAAAUUUCUUACCCUGAUCGCAAUGUCUAAACGGCGUUACGACGAAUUCGCAGCUGAUGCCCUCGACAACGGUGAUCGAGAGGAAUUAGCGGUCCCGGACCCAAACCAUAAUGUCGUUACUAUCAUUAGCGAUGAUGAAAAGGAUGGUGACGACGAUUAUCGUGACUACUCCCCUAAUGUUACUGAAUAUACUGGGCCUACAAGAAGUCAAUACUUUGGGGGAAGACCUCGGUCAGCCACUAAUUUCAGGGCCCAACGUAAGACUCCUUUCACCGCUUUUGCGGUAGCCAAAUGA